GCUUUAUACACGUGAUAUAAACUAACUCGGAUUAUACGUAUACAUGAGGGGUAUAGUAUCAAAUAAAACUUAAUGUCGAGCAUAGGUGUUCUUUGUCCUUUUAAGCUCCUAUUAGCAACCAGGCAUGUAUUAGAACAAUGAUCUAGCACCAUGAGCCACUUUAUACCUACUUUUUUUAAUCCUGGUCAGGGAAACCUCCCGGCUUCGUCUAGUACAGACAGAGUAUGCAUGGAGAGGUUUAAAAGCAGCGUUAGGAACAGCACAGGGGUCAUAAAUGCUUGUCCUGGUACCCCCAGUAUCAAUACUAAACCUAGUGUACUGUCUGGUGGAUUCGAUCUCCCGUGUAGAUUGGAUCUAAUAUGGGGGAUCGAAUCUAUCGCGUGAUUGGCUCGAUGGGAAUAGGAUAUAUUCUGGGGUAAAGUAGGUUAUCAUAGAUUCGGACUGGUGAAAGACUUGCUUUGAGAGAGCCAGAGUUUAGUAUGACGGAUCAUUUGAAUCGUACUAUGGGUGAAAAAUUAUUCAACCAUGAAUAUUUUAGUGGG